AUGCCAACCUUGUACACCCGAAUGGCUCCCCCCGUUCGACCAUCUCGCUCACUCGAAGGACUCGAGCGAGUAAUCCCACCACUGUCACCCCAACCUCCCUUCUCAAAUCGCUCCGAUCUCUUCCUCAACAAACCCCUCCCCGCAAAACCCCUGGACCCAGAAUGUUCGGCGAUGUGGAGUGACUCCGACAGCGACACCGAAAGCACCCUCGACAGCAUCACCAGCGAACCCCGCCACUCCGCAGACAGCUAUCCCAUCGGCAUCUUCGUCAGUUCCGGCUCCGACUUUGACGACUUGGGCGAUCACCCGCCUCCAGCCGAUCAGCUCCUGAGACUAUCCCCACAGCCUCCACAUAAACGCACGGACUCGAUCGAUAUCAAUAUCCCCGAGCCGUCAGUCUCAGUAUCGUCUUCGUUUUCGUCCCAGUACGGACGGCCCUCGAACUGGAGCCAGAACCGCACGGGCACGAAUCACUACUUCCGCGAGAAAAAGUGGGAUUAUUUCCCGGAACUCGCGCCCUCCGCUGUCCAAGCAAGUGGCCGCAUCAGCCCAAACAUGAACAAUAAAUCCCGCAAAAUCGGAAACCCGCUGGAAUUCGCCAAGGGCAAGUACCGCUGGCACUCGCUCGACCGCGGCGGUCUCGUCGGAGUGCGUGACUCGAUCAAGACGUACGUGCACCGCACUCUCUCGCGCGACUCGACAGAGAAUAAACCAAAGGAAAUUACCCGUCCGGCGACGGCGCCUAUGGACCACCAUCUUAAUGAUGUAGGCGGUGCGCUCGGUAACACACCGCAGCAAUCUACUUUAGCUUUGGUUUUGGACACGCAGGCCGCGCUGCGAGCCCCGUCCGUCGCAACGUCCAGCAGCAGCGACUACGACUAUACCAACCACAGAUUCCAUCUUCAGACACCGACCUCGCCUACUUCGCUUUCAUCCCCGACAACGCCACGGCAGAAACAGCUCGCCGUGCCGCUAUCCGCGUACCAGAAACACGGGCCCGUGAUCUGGGACGCGCCCAAGAAGACUAAGAAGCGCAAUGUUCAGUUCCCGAGAUACAAGUCCCCGCCUGGAUCCGUGGCAGAGCCUUCUUCGUCUUCGGCUCCCGAUUUGUCUUACUCUAAUGCUACGCUGGCUUCGCGGAAGUCGCAGAACAAUACCCGGGGCGUGUUCCUGAAACGAAUUGGGGAGUCCAAGGAUGAUCGCAGGAGGGAGCAGUUGAAGGCGCAGAUCAAGUUGGUUGGGCCUGUUAAUCCGCAUACUUAUGUGCAGGCUGAUCCGUGGGUUUGA